UUGGCGUCAGCUGGAAAGAAGGAAGCCAUGGAUGCCUACAAAGAAGCGGAAGAAAUUGAAUAUGAGGAACACCAAUAUCAGUAUGCUCAACAUCAUGGGCGACAAUCUAUCCAGGUGGGGGUGGCUGUGGUUGAAGAACUCAAAGUCAAGGUUCACCCAGCUUACACGAAGGAAGAGUUGGAAGCGUAUUUUGGAAACAUAUAUAAGGAACCAACUUGUCCCAAUAAAAAUGCUGGUAGAAUCAUUCAGAAUAUGGAUAACAUUGAAUUGAGUCACCGUGACAUGCACUUGGAAAGUGACGGAUGGUGUUGGACUCUUAUGUUCAAAGAACCCAAAGCGUACGCUAGGUUAGGUAAAUACCCGAAGGUGGGUGAUGUUUUCGAGUUUGCACAGAAGCACAAUUUGGAUUUGGUAGCUGAGUUGGAAUGGGUAGAAGUCAGGCGAUGGAAUAUCAAGAGAGAUUGGUUCACCCACGUACAUGUGACAACUUUUCAAAGGGGAGCUACUAAAAGUAAUAUGUCGUCUUUUGUGUCACAACACUGGGGUAGAGAAGUUGGUGGUUUGUUAGGAAACGAGAGAACUCUGGCCAUGGCACCGACUUUUAUUAAUAACACUGGUACCUUCGACUAUGAGAGAAGUGAUGGCAGAGUCGUAGAGUUGGCCCGCACUACAUUUUACCAGGCGUACGAUAAGUACGUAGCUCAGUAUGGGAUUAGGAAGAGCAACAUUUUUGAAAGAUACGCCCAACGCAACAUUUGGAAAGAAGAAGGAGUUCCACAGUUCAAGUUACCAAGUGUCCAUCCUACGUUGGAAGGACGUAAGAAUCUAUACAUUGCUGGUGGAAUGAGACGUUGGGGCAACUUAGCCGUGGGACAACAUGUUAGGUUCCCAUCUACUGUCGCAACUGAAUCCAUCCCGUUUGAUGAAAAUUUGGAGCUACCGCGUGGUCGCCUCUUUAUUGCUGAUGGUAUGCGUAAGGAAUAUAGCCCACCCAGUGAAGAAGACCACUCUCGUAGUGCUUGGUCGUCUUGGACCAUGGUAGAGUCUGAUCCGGAUUAUUAUAACAAGCUCACUAAUCAAAAGAAAGCGGAGGCCGUAUAUGGGUCAUAUCUCUGUGACACACAUAACAGUAGAGGUGAGGCAAAAGCUAAGUCGUUUAUCCCUACGCCUGGGUUUAAACCUAGAGCAUAUAAUUGCUUUCCGUACAAGCGAUCUGCAUGCGGAAAUCUUAAAUUGGACGACGAUGUGUCCGAGGAGAGUGGCUAUGAGAGUGAUGUUUCGUAUUUGCCGGUGAGGUCUAAGAGUGAGAAGAAAGCUCGUAAAGCUCUUUAUAAGGAAUACCGUUUUGGCGGCGUUAGUUACAGAGUUAAGCAGUAUGGGAGAAAACCAAGAAAGAACCGAUCCCAAAGCAAGGCAGGUGUUGAAAAAGUGGAGAAGACGAUGACGGAGAAACUGCCUGAAAUGUCUGGAGUUCGUUGUGUAAUCGAUAAAGAAGACCCCUUUACUUUUGAGAUAUAUAAGAACCUAGGUGAAGAACCUGUAGAUUAUUCAAGACACGUCCCACAAUCUGUUUUGGAUUAUCGUUCCCACCUGGUGACCAGUCGUGAAGCGUUCUCCUUUGCUACCGAACCCAAGUACCUGUAUACAAACAAAGAAGGAAAGAAAAUCUAUAAGGUUCGUGUAAACAAAUAUGCAGCUUUGAGCGUUCUCCCGGAGCAACAUCCUUACCCAUAUGCCCAGUUGGAAGAUAGUUGUGUACAAUGGAUACAAAUCUACGUUGAUGAUUGUAGGAGACAUUUGGAUACUUGCAAACAAAGAGCAGAUUACCUAGCUGGGGUCAAACAGAAACACGCGUGCGGACUUUACUAUAUCAUGUCCCCACGUUCCAAGGUGUUAUAG